AUGUCCUCUUCCAUCGAGCCCUAUCAUAUUUCCAUCCCGGAAUCACGAAUCGCUGACCUCAACAACAAGCUCCACCAAGCACAUUUCCCUGAUGAGCUUGAAGCCGCUGAAUGGGAUCUUGGUGCUCCAUUAGCUGAUGUGAAGCGGCUCACUGAGUACUGGCGAGAUGAAUUUAGCUGGCAAAAGGCUGAGAAGAAGUUGAACCAACUCCCGCACUUCGUCACUUCGAUACAGUGCGAAGGCUAUGAAAACCUAAAAAUCCAUUUCCUUCACAAAAAGAGCAAUAUCAAAGGAGCAGUCCCCUUGCUUUUCGUUCACGGCUGGCCCGGCAAUUUUCUUGAGGCCACGAAGAUCAUGGAGUCUCUGACCAAUCCUGGAGAAGGACAAAUCGCCUUCGACCUGGUAGCACCGUCGCUCCCAAAUUAUGGCUUUUCAGAGGGCACUAAGAAGCGGGGGUUCUCUAUGGAUCAAUACGCAGAGACUUGCCAUAAAUUGAUGGUACGACUUGGUUACAAUCAAUAUGUCACACAGGGCGGUGACUGGGGCUACAACAUUACUCGCUCAUUAUCGAUAUUGUAUCCAGACCACGCCAGAGCCACUCACUUCAACAUGGACGUCGGGAAAGCGCCGGAGUUCCUCAAGAACCCGCUACUCGCGGCAGAGAACGCUCUGAAGCCCCUCUCUCAACGAGAAAAGGACGGCAUCGCGCGCUCCGAAUGGUUCAUGAAAGAAGGCUUCGGAUACAACCUCCUACAGCGCACGAAACCCCAAACUAUCGGCUACGCCCUGGCUGACAGCCCCGUUGCCUUACUAGCAUGGAUUUACGAGAAACUCCACGACUGGACCGACUCCUACGCGUGGACUGACGAAGAAGUCUGCACCUGGAUCAGCAUCUACUGGUUCAGCACUGCUGGCCCCGCCGCGAACGUCAGGAUCUACUACGAAUGCUUCCGCAGUGGGUUCUGGGGCCAGCGACUCAGCAGAGACCAGAUCCUCCAGUGGCAAUCUACAGUCAAGAUCGGGAUUAGCCAUUUUCCUAGGGAUAUCUCAGUGUUGCGGAGUACGUGGACACGCACGGUGGGAAAUUGUGUCUUUGAGAGAGAUCAUCCGACCGGUGGCCAUUUUGCGGCGUGGGAGCGGCCGAGGGAGCUUGUGGGGGAUUUGAGGGAGAUGUUUGGGAAGGGUGGUGGUGCCUACAAGGUGGUCGAGGGAAAGAGUGGAUACGGGCCUUUGACGUCUCAGUUGUGA